CGGCCUCUAGUGGCCUUUUACUUUAAAAGAAAACGCUUAUUUCGUAGGAGUGACGUGGAAGAAGUUUGUCUCCUGCGAGGCACCAUCCUCGAUACCCUUUCCCCUUUCCCUUUCUCAUAGCGAAAUUUCUCUUUAACUUUUAAUGUUUUUACGUUGUAAAUCGAGUGCCUUUGAGACGUAAUCUUGCUAGUCUUCUUCGUUAUAUUCCGCGUGUAAGUGGCAUGAUGUUCACGUCCACCGGUUCUUGGGGAUUGUAUAAAGCACCCCUGUCCAAGAGCUUACUGCUGCUUCCUACAAUCCUCGCUGUGCUGCUGACUGUGCUUCUGCCUCAGUACCAGGAUAUGUUCAUAUACAACCUCCAGGCUGUCAGGCAGGGCAAGCAGUUGUGGAGGCUGGUGAGUGGACGGCUUAUCUGUCUGGAUCUGAAAGACACUUUCUGCAGCAGUUUGCUUAUCUACAAUUUCCGCAUAUUUGAGAGGAGGUUUGGCAGCCACAAAUUCGCUUCCUUCCUUUUUGGAGCCUGGAUUCUGUCUGCUUUUGUGGACUUGCUGCUGUCAGAGGCUCUUCGUUUCAUGUUUGAACUUCAGGUGGAUGUUCUUCCAGCUGGACUGCUGGGCCCAGUCUUUGCUCUCUUUGUGCCUUUCUACAACACCAUCCCACGUGUUCAGGUCACUCAGCUGCUUGGCCACGUCUCAAUCACAAACAAGUCUCUGACAUACAUUGUGGGUGCACAGCUCCUGACCUCAAGUGCCUACAUGUGGAUUGUUGCUUGUAGUGGACUUAUCGCAGGCAUGUUGUAUUACAGUAAUAAGUUGGCGGUCCAGAAGUACUUGCGUGUGCCAGAAUGGGUGGCCAGAUGUGGUUCUGUGCUCCUAGAGCCUGUCUUCUCAGAUUCAGAGCCCACUGCAGAGGCUCCGCUGGGGAUGGGUGCUACUUUGGACAUCCAGAGACAGCAGAGGAUGGAUAUGCUGGACCAGCAACUGCUCCUGUCUCAGCUGGCACACUUCAGGAGAAAUGCACAGCAACAGCAGGCUCAGCAGACAGGUCUCCUGAAUUGGAACAGAUUCUUCCCUACUUUACGGCACAGAGGACAGAACCGGCACCAAGAGGGUCCUCAGUCACAACAGCCCCCCUAUACACACCCGCCAGAUAACACAGCUGUGGUCGAGGAACAGGUUGCAAGAUUAAUGGAGAUGGGUUUCUCAAGGAUGGAUGCCCAAGAAGCUCUCAGAGCUUCUAAUAAUGACAUUAACAUUGCAACAAACUUUUUGCUGCAGCACUAAAACAAAAUAAAUUGAAGAUGACUAAGACGACAAGGAAAAUGAGUUGAAAAGUACUUAAGAACACAACACUGGUGUCAUAACUACACCCGUUGGAAGAAGUUAAGGGCAGUCGACUUUGGUACACAACUCACAGGAGCUGAUGAUGUCACUUUGUUUCUGGCUGCUUAUUGACUGGCAGGAGUUGACUUGCAAUUGCAGCCUGAUCCACAGGACAGAGCCAACAUGUUGGACCAUCUUACAUUGUGUCUCAGGGCUUGUGUCAUUUGGCGUUGUCCUUUAACCUAUAUCUACUAAAUAUUAAGAAUCCUGUAAUAUAUUGAUAUAUUAUCGAACCACGUGCUGUUUUGCUAUAAAUAAACUUAAGUCUUAAAGGUAUAGUUCACCCAAAAAUGUACUUGCCCUGAUAUUCCAAAGCUGGAAUGACAUGAGGGUGAGUAAAUAAUGACAGAAUUAUAUUUUUUGGGUGAACCAUUAAUUUUUUUUAGGUCGAGUCAUAAAGGGCUAGUUGUACGGCAGUGUAUUUAAAGGACACCUGGACUUAUUGGCUUCUUGAAGAGACCUCUGCCACCGACAAGCCAGAAUCAGUCCAGAAUUGACUAAUCAAAGUUUGGAAAACUACCACAAAAUGUGUGAAAGCAUGAGAUGUAAUAUUCUCUAAAAGCUUCUGAAUAGUUUUUUUUUUAAAUUAUUAUUAUUAUUUUUUAUUUAAACAGAAACACAAAUUGCGUCAUUGUUAUUGUGACUUGGUGUCUGAAAAGAAAAGUCUGGUGUCUUUUUGAAAAAGAAACAAAUGGAACUUUCAUGCCAUAGUAGUCCAGUUUUUAAAAAAAAUUCUGUUAAUAUGAUACUUUUCUGUGCAAUGAUAAUUGAUAAUAUCUCUCUCUCUCUCUGUGUGUUAAUCUGAGAGUGAGACAAAGCUUCUUUUUUUUUAACAGCAUGAUUUUCUUGGUGGUAUAAAAAGAGAAGGUAAAAUAUGGUUUAAUAUGACUCAUUGAAGGGAGUGUUGAUACCCAUCAUUGGCAUUAAAAUCAUGUCUUUAAAGAACGUAAACUUUUAAACUAUUAAUUUAUAAGAUUAUGAUGUUUUAUGCUAAUAAGACUGUUCAUGUGAAUGUUCUCUUGUUUUAUUAUGCUAAACAGUGUUUUUUGUCUAAUCAAAUGGUGUUCAAACUUUAAAAAGAAAUGAGAAAAAAAAAAAAAAAAGAAAACGGAAAAAAAACAUACUUUAGCUACACUUGAGAUAAUUUAAUGUUUUUACUCUGCCAGAAAAACACCGGUCCACCCAAAAACAAAUCACUCCUGCCACUCUUAAUGUUCUGUGUUGAACACUCAUUGUGGUCAAAUAAGAUUGUUUACUUUUGAAAAGUUAACACUUUAAGAUGGUCUUUAAAUAAUAAUAAUAUUAAUGAUGGUGAUGAAGAUGGUUGCUUUUAUUUCUUUCUAUGGGGGGGAUGCAUUUCACCAGCUUUACAGAUCGAGGUGAAGUUUGGAAUUUAGCUUUUUUUUAAAAAAAAGACUAAGCUCAUUCUGUAAACCACCAGACUUUUCAGUCAGUCAAUCCAAUAGUUGUGGGUGUGUGGCAACAGAUUCAACCGAUUUUAGAGAAUAGAAUACUAUGUACAAUGCCCUCUGAACACAAAUCUGUACUUAUUAAAAGCUACCUCUUAUAAA